AUGAGCCCUUCCAGACACACAUUUACGGCUGCGUCUACCAUCCGCGGUGGCUCCCAGCAAGACCUUGAAUCUCUGGCCGACACGUUGCUGGAUUCAUCAAUUAGCCAAACAAAGAAUGAUUCUAAGCCCCCUACAGGGAGCUCGGGAUUGCGGCGUGAUGCUACGGCGUCUAGUACCGGGCGCGCCAAACGAGGUUCCCGUCGAGCGGGUGACAGUCGUCGCUCAUCGCAUACCCAGAAGGAGGAUCCUAACAGAGCUUCUGUUUCUUCAAGUACAACAUCGAAAACCCGCGAAAGACUACGAGAAGUGGAACUAGAGCGGGACAAGCUCCUUCGGGAUGUCGCAUAUGGAAAAGGCGUCGUAGAGCGACUCAAAAAGGAGGGCGCUGCCACAGAGCUCGCAGCGUCUCGUACCAAGGCCCGUGUCGAGAAAUUGAAAACUGAAGCCCAUCGCGAGGGAUCGAAAGUAUCAAGAAGUGCUACGGAUGGGUUCUUCAAGAAGGCUUCCUCGACCGACCUGCUCUUUCUCAUGGACACAACGUCCUCCAUGGAUCCUUACAUGAACGAGGCCAAGGCACAGGUCAGAAGCAUCAUCAGCGAGAUCAGGGAGGCCUUUUUUGGUGAAGCUGAGGUGCGAAUCUCCAUCGUCAGCUACAAGGACCACGGUGAUGAGCCCAACAUUCAGUGGUUAGAUUUCACUCCCGACGCUGAUGCGGCGAGUUCAUUCCUUGAGAAUCUGUAUGCGGAAGGCGGAGGAGAUCCUCCAGAAGAUGUUCUUGGCGGCAUCCAGCAGGCUAUCAACGCGAGCUGGAGAGCCUACACACGCUGCAUGAUACACAUCGCUGAUGCACCACCGCAUGGGCGGAUUUUCCACGAUUGUGAUGACGAUACGUACCCCGAGCCUGGAAGCGAGCCUCACCGGCUCACAUAUAAGCCAUUGAUUCAGAAAUUGACGGAACUCCGUAUAAAUUAUGCCCUACUUCGCACAGGAGAGUACACUGAUAAGAUGGCGGAUCUCUUCAUGCAGGAAUACAGGCCUGCCGCAACCGUUUGCCGGCUGCACACGUCAAAUGGCUACUACCCGUUGUCCAUGGUCAAGGGAGCGUCGAAUGCUGGAUCCCCCGGUAAAAAGGGAAUUCAGUUUCAAGAAUUGGAGUUGGGCACGACUUACAGUGCUCUCCGACAUCUAAUUGUCCAGAGCGUGACGAGUUCGGCCUCUCUCACUGCCACAUAUCUGGCAAGCCGUAGGACACCUGUGGCUAGAGCCACUUUAAAACUACGAGCUCCACGUUUAACGUUGGUGGAAGAGGAAUUUGAAGGAUCGGAUGAAAUCAAGAUAUCACUGGAAACCUCACCACCCCAAUGGGGCUCUUUGAGCUGGUUUGGCGAGAAGGUCAAGGUUGAAGGCUUCUCUCCAACUGUGAUUGUUCACGGGUUCCAGACGCUUAACGACAUGAUGGCCUCUGAUGAUAAUAUCAUCAUGGGGCCUGUAGAACUCUCACUUCGAUGGCGGUCCAAGCCAUUUUCAAAUGGAGCAACUCGCCAGGCAUCUUAUGCUCGCACCGAAGCUUCAACUGACCGGUUUGUAGUCAAAUCGCCACUGAAGAGCUCCUCAAAGAUGGUCCAUCUUGUCGAAGACAUGCGAUGUCAAGCGCUCUGCCGAGCAUUCGCCCUAGAGUUCAAUGGCCUCGUGGGAUACAGGUUCAGCCUGAAUUUCAUUGUGACAAUAUGCUUCGAGGGGAAAGACAAAGUGAGGAGCGAUGCUGAUUGUCUGUCUCUUGAGCCAUUUAUCCCGGGCCACUAUGUCAAGUACAAUGGCAAUAACGGAUGGCUACCUGAGGGGCUGGAAGAUAACGACAUCUUCAAGGCUUCCCAGGCUUUCUCUCAUUUCACAUAUGAGCGCUCACAUGGGGAAUUCCUGGUGUGUGACUUGCAGGGUGUGAACAACUUGCUUACCGACCCAGCUAUUCAUACUCACGACCCGGAGAGGUUCAAGCUGUCGGCGACGAACUGCAAUAUGGCAGGAAUCAAAUUCUUCUUUGUCAGCCACAGAUGUAACGAGAUUUGUUCCAGUUUGGGACUGCAAAGUACUGCAUACGGUCUGAAAAUGGGCUACCAGAGUUUCCGUACCAACUGGCCCUCCGUGGAGAAUACCCUGUUUUGUUCCAACAAGCUCUGUGGCCGGAUCGUGUACGCAUCACAUGCCAAGAAGUCCGUCGAAUAUCCAGACUGCAGCUGGUGUGACCAAUGUUGGUCUCAGUUAGAGUCAUCCAAGAUAUCGAGGCUUUGUGUUGGUCCUGGAUCCGACCACGAGUUUGAGGUUUCAAAGUUCUUCUUCGAAUCACAAGGGAGUAGGUUACCGCGAGUGUGUCCACUGCACCGCACAAAGGAGAACGACCUAUCUGAGGCGGCCUCCACCUCCCGGAAAGGGCUCUGGGCAAGGCUAAAGUCCAGAGCCAAGAGGAUAACUUAG